UUUAAAAAAUUUUUUUUUUUAUAAUUGUGCUACCAAUACAGCGUUAUGUGUGUGUGUAUAUGUGUAUUUUUUUUUAAAAAAAGAGGAUAAAACCAAAAACUUAUUAUUUUCUUUAAAACUUCACAAAGAUUCUCUACAUUCUAAAUUUGGCAAUCAACAUUUCUCAUCCAAUGAUCCAUAAAAAAUUGUGACAAAAAUUCUUUUUUUUUUUUGUUGCUCAUCAUACAAAUAGCAAUAUUGUUUGGACAAUCACUAAUUUCACAAAUGGAACAUUGCUCAACGUUAGAGGAUAAAUUUUCCAAGAUGACUAAUCACGACGACUUGGCAAAAAGAAUCUAUAGGAAAUUCAGUACAAAUAAUCACAGUGACAAUAAGAGUGGAAGAAAAUAAAAAAAGAGAGAGAAAAAAAAAGAAUAAAGUAAGAGACAAUAAGAAUUAUGAUAUUGUGAUCAAUGAAAAGUUCGAUAAUGUAAAUUAAUAAGAUUUUAAAGUCUAGAGCGGCAAAUAAUAAUUUGUUACAGAUUGUAUAGUGAAAGAAUUUUGAGAAAAUAGUACUUCCCCCUUUUGUUUCGUUUUUGUUUUCAUUUUUUAAAAGAUUUUAAUUAUGUUUAUGAAUUUACAACGAUUAAUAUAGAAAUAAGCGAUUGGAAAUUAAAUGUAUUUUAAAAUUUUGUUGACUUGCAAACGAAGCAACUUGUUUUUUUUUUUAUUAAGAAUUUUCCUAUAUGAGUUUGUUCUACGUAAAUGCAUUACGUAAUUGAAAUAUACAGGAAAGUAGUGAUUCCCCUUCUAUUUUAAUUCUUUCAUAAUUGCUUGAUUGCACAGCUGAAGAGAACAUUGGCAUGUAUGUUCGAAAUAUCCGACGACGUGUAUAAAGUAGAUCAAGUAUAUAUGUAUAUAAAUAUGUGUGUGUGUGUGUUUAUACUUGAUUAAGAGGAUAUCAGUAGGGGUUUUUAAUUAAAAAAAAAAAAAAAAAAGUGAUGAAUGUAUAACAAGAAUAUAUUGUCGAUAUUCAGUUAAUAAUUUUCGUAUCUUUGUACAUAAAUUAGUAUUUUUUUUUCUUUAUAUGUGACAGUGAUGCCUCAUUUAUUUGUCGAGGCUGUGAAAUAAUGAUGUGCACAAAGUGGAUUUUCAUUUUAAGCGUUCUCUUUUCAAUUGGUGAUAUUUUUGUCGUUGCAUAUUCUAAUCAAUGGGCUAUGCAUAUUGUGGGUGGUCCAAAUGUAGCCAAACAAGUUGCCGAUGAAUAUGGAUUUCGAAAUUUAGGACAAAUUUUUGAUGAUUGGUAUCAUUUUGAUCAUCCAUUAGUGGUGAAAAGAUCAAUUGAGCCACAUAGGGAAAUUCAUCAAAAAUUAAUUGAUGAUAAUCGUGUUAAAAGAGCUGAACAACAAAGAAUAAAAUCACGAAAAAAAAGAGAUUUUAUAACAACUAAUCAAAAGCAAACUAUUUUAAAUGAUGAACGAUGGUCAUUAAUGUGGUAUUUAAAUCGUGGAAAGGGAUUGGAUAUGAAUGUACAAGACGCAUGGGCUGAGGGAAUAACUGGACGUGGUAUUGUGGUAACAAUAUUGGAUGAUGGUUUGGAGAAAGAUCAUCCGGAUUUAAAGGAUAAUUAUGAUCCGCAAGCUAGUUAUGAUGUAAACAAUCACGAUGAGGAUCCAAUGCCACGUUAUGAUUUUAGCGAUAGUAAUCGACAUGGAACAAGAUGUGCUGGUGAAGUUGCUGCAACGGCAAAUAAUUCAAUUUGUGCUGUUGGAAUAGCAUUUCGUGCGCAGGUUGGUGGUGUUCGUAUGCUCGAUGGAGAUGUGACGGAUGCUGUUGAAGCUCGUUCUUUAAGUUUAAAUCCGCAGCAUAUUGAUAUUUAUAGUGCUUCGUGGGGUCCAGAUGAUGAUGGUAAAACAGUUGAUGGACCAGGUGAAUUAGCAACAAGAGCAUUUAUUGAAGGAAUAACAAAGGGUCGUGAUGGUAAGGGUUCGAUUUUUAUUUGGGCAUCGGGAAAUGGUGGUAAGGAUGGUGACAAUUGUAAUUGUGAUGGUUAUACAAAUAGUAUUUGGACACUUUCCAUAAGUAGUGCAACUGAAAAUGGUUUUGUACCAUGGUACAGUGAAAAAUGUUCAUCAACAUUGGCGACAACUUAUAGUUCUGGAUCACAAACUGAAAAACAAAUUAUAACCACUGAUUUGCAUCAUUAUUGUACAAGUAGUCAUACUGGAACAUCGGCAUCAGCACCAUUGGCUGCUGGUAUUUGUGCUCUUGUUUUGGAAGCAAACCGAAAUUUAACAUGGAGAGAUAUGCAGCAUAUUGUUGUACGAACGGCAAAACCUGCGAAUUUAAAUGCAACGGAUUGGGUGACAAAUGGUAUUGGACGUAAUGUGAGUCAUAGUUUUGGUUAUGGUUUAAUGGAUGCCUCGGCAAUGGUGCGUCUAGCUAGGAAAUGGAGAACAGUACCCGAACAACAUACCUGUGAGGUAAUAGCACCGCAAGUAGGACAAGAGAUACCGGCUAAAAAAACAUUAAGUUUCGAAUUGAAUGUCAAAGAAUGUAGAGGAGUAAAUUUUUUGGAGCAUGUACAAGCUAAAGUGACUCUGACAGCUGUAAAAAGAGGAAAUCUUGAGAUAUUUUUAACAUCGCCACAAGGUACAAGAAGUACUUUACUUGCAAAAAGACCUCAUGAUAUGUCUAAAGCUGGCUUCAAUCAAUGGCCAUUUAUGUCUGUUCACACUUGGGGGGAAAAACCACAUGGUAUUUGGACAUUGGAAAUUCACAAUGAUGGAAGAUAUUUAGAUCAUCUUGAAGAAUGGAAAUUGAUAUUCUAUGGUACAGAGACUGCCGUAGAGAUUGACGAUAAACCAGGACAAAUUGCCAUCUCCGAAUAUGAAGUACCUAGUGAAUCAUCAACGGAUGUUAAACAGAACAUCAUUGGCAAUGUAGACAAUUCAUGGAUUGGAAAUCAAAAAAUUGAUCGUUAUCCACAAUCAGAACAUUCAACACAAAGACCAACAAGUGAAAAGCAAACAAGUGAAAAUUGUAAAAUUAUGAAUUCAUCACAUGAAUGUAUUGUUUGUAAGGAAAAUUGGUUUUUAACUAAGGGACGUUGUGUACUUUAUUGUCCAGCCGGUACUUAUGGUGCUUCAGAUGAAAGAUAUUCAGUUUGUGCUGCUUGUCAUUAUUCUUGUGCAAGAUGUUCAGGACCAUCUGGAAAUCAAUGUACAACAUGUCGUGCUGAUGCUAGUUUAAUUGAAUUUCAUUGUGUUCUUAGUUCAAUAUCAUGGAAAAUGCAAGCGACAAGAUGGUUUUAUUGGAUGACAAUAUUUUUUAUUAUUAAUUUAUCAACAAUAACUGCCGCUGGAAUUUAUCUAUGUGUUUUUUGGUUCCGACGAAAACACAAUCCUCAUACAUAUGACUAUAGUAAAGUGUCAUAUUCACAAAAUGCAAAAGCUGAAUGUGGUGCUAAUGAUUCUGCGUCCGAUAGUGAAUGAUUAGAAACACGGCCUAUUUAAAAAAAUUAAAAUAAUUUAUAAAAAAAGAAAAUUUGUUUUAAACUAUAUAUUUAUACAUAUCUUGAUAUCUUUAUAUAAGAAAACCAAUUUCCGUCAAUAUUAUUAGAUAAUAGGUUUUGUAUUAAGAAAGUUUAAACAGCACUUGUUAUAAUAAACUACAAAACGACUUUAAUUUUAUAAAUAA